CCCGCCAGGGUACUACUACCGGCGGGGCUACGGCACGGGGCAGCGCAACUGGCUCAUCUUCCUGCCGGGCGGCGCGUGGUGCUACUCGGUGCGCUCGUGUCGCAGGCGCGCGCUCACGCUGCUGGGGAGCUCCUCGCUGUGGCCGCACCCGUCGCACCCCGACUUCAACACUCAGCUGAAGCGGCUGACGGGGUACGGCAUGGACGGCAUGCUGCACGGCAGCGCGGCCGUCAACCCGCGCUUCUUCAACUGGCACGUCGUGCUCAUCGCCUACUGCGACGGCGCCGCCUUCUCCGGCACGCGUGGCCGCUUCAACGCCUCCCGCUCUGCCACGCUCGUGGCGGGCGGCAGAAGCAUCCUCAAGUCCGUCAUCCGCCAUAUGCGGGUGGCGCGGGGGAUGCAGGGCGCGCAGCGGGUGGUGGUGGCGGGGUGCUCGGCGGGCGCGCAGGCGGUGGCCAUGCAGUGCGACACGCUCGCCCGCCUGCUGCCCACCGCCGCCGCCAAGCGCUGCCUCAUGGACGGCGGCUUCUUCCCCGACAUGCGGGAUGUGAGUGGCACGUUCUUCAUGCGCAAGGUGGCACAGCGCCUCGUGGCCAUCCACAACAUCUCCGCUGACCCCGCCUGCCUUAGAGGAGAGGGCCCUGACGGGCGGUGGAAGUGCUUUUUCCCCGAGCACGGGCUGAGGUACGUGACAACGCCGCUGCUGCUGGUCAACUCGGUCAACGACGCCGACGCCAUCAACCUGCUCAACCUGCACUCCCCCACGCGCCGCCGCCUGCGCCGCUGCCUCGCCAGCCUGGCGGGCGGCGGCAGCAUUAAGCAGUGCGCCAAGGAGGACGUGGGCAUGGCGCUGGCAUAUGCUGUCCGCGUGGCAGGGCUGGCGAGGCAGGUGGCGCAGCAGAACGCGGCGGUGAAGCCGUUUCUGUACCGCGAGCGCAUGCACUGCGCCACGCUGGUGAACCGGUGGAUUCACGGGCUAUGGCUGCUCAAAAUGCAGUUCCCACCCAUUCACUUAUACAUGGCAAGUGAGCAUGGGAGGAGCACGACGGUCGAUACCAAUACCGAACUUGUUUCAAUCGCGCAAUCAUCAAUGUCAAUUUCAAUUUCCGUCGCCUGCAUGCCACACGCCAUCCGUUCUUGCCUCCACUCUCCUGAUCUGCCCGCCAUGGCUCCUCCCAAUCCACCUCCGAUCUUCACCUCUCGCGUUAGACGGUUGUCGCGUCAUCCUCUCCUGCUUUCCCUCGCGGCUCUUCUCGCCCUUAAUCUCCUCGCCGUCGCAGCCGCCGCGUCCGACCGACUGUACCUCGCGCACGAGGCGCGCCUCGCCGCUGCGAGCGAUGCGGAAGCCGCCACGAACCGAUUCGCGGCGGGAGCGAGCGGACGGGGCGAGCUGUGGUUCGAGCAGACGCUGGAUCACUUCAAUCCCGCCGUACCUUACAAUGCCAUCUCACAUGACACGUGGCAAUCCAUGUUGGGGUGCAUGCUUCUGCAUGCCACGUGGCAGGACGGGCGCACCUUCCGGCAGCGGUACCACGAGGACUUGACGCACUUCAACGCCGCUGCGGGCGGCCCCGUGCUGCUCGCCAUCUGCGGCGAGGCCCCCUGCAACGGCGUGCCCUCCGACUACCGCAUGGAGUUGGCCGCGCAUUUCGGGGCGGCCGUGGUGGCGUUGGAGCAUCGCUUCUACGGCCAAUCGCAGCCCUUCGCUGACCUGUCCACUGCCAGCCUGGCAUAUCUCUCGGCCAAUCAGGCACUGGCUGACCUGGCCACGUUCCGGCAGUUCUACCAGCAAAAGUUGGACCGGCUGUUCAACGGGUCUCACAACGGCGCCACGCGUGGCGGCGGCAGCAGCAGCAAUGGGGCCUCGGAGCGGCAGUGGGUGGUGACGGGGGUGUCGUACGCGGGUGCUCUGAGUGCAUGGGCGCGGCUGUCCUACCCGCACCUCUUCCGCGCCAGCCUUGCCUCCUCCGCUGUCAUCAACGUGAUCAAGGACUUCCAUGAGUUCGAGGCACAGGUGGUGCAGUCAGCGGGCCCGCAGUGCAGCGCCAUCCUGGCCAACAUCACCCGCCGUGUAGAGCACCGCCUCGCCUCGUCUCCGGAGGACCGUCAGGCUGUCAAGCAGCUCUUUGCUGCUGCCUCGGUGGAGCACGAUGGGGACUUCCUCUUCCUCCUCGCAGAUGCGGCUGUCUUUGCGUUUCAGUAUGGCCGCCCGGACCAGCUGUGUGACCCCCUCAUCCACGCUCAUGCCACGGGCUCUGAUACCAUGGAGGCUUUUGCAACCUACGUGCGUGACCUUUUCCUUGAUCACUUCGGAGCGGCCCCGUCUGACUACAACCGCCACGCCCUCGCCAACACGUCGCUCACAGCGCCCUCUGCCAACAUGCGCACGUGGCUGUACCAGUGCUGCUCGCAGAUGGCCUUCUUCCAAACGCCCGCCCGCAUCGGUCCUCGCAUUCGAUCCGAGGCUUUGAACAUGAGCUACUGGCAGGGCCUGUGCACAGCAGUGUACGGGGACCACCCGCGUGCGCUCUUCCCCGAUGUGGACGCCACCAACACCUUCUUUGGCGCCACCGCCAUCGCCUCGUCGCGCAUCUACUUCACCAACGGGUCGCAGGAUCCCUGGAAGCGCGCCUCGCGACUUAUUGGCACUGCUGCCAUGCCGAGCACGGUGGUGGAGUGUCACAACUGUGGGCAUGGGGUGGACAUGCGUGGCUGCCCCACCUGGCUCAACCACCACCACCCUCAUGGCGCCGACUCUUGCUCUGAUCCAAUGGCGUUGGCUCUUGUGAGGGGCCAUCUCAGGGGAGCUCUAGCGGUGUGGCUGCGACCCACCCCAGUGCUGCCGAGUGCCUCUGCUGCCUCUGCUGCCCGCGCUGCCAUGUGA